UCCUAAAACGAAAGCAACAUGUAUAUAAAUUUCCAUUAUAUUCCCUUUCCAAAUUACAAUUGCUUCAAUUCGUUUUGUCAAACCAAAAGGUGCCACUCGAUCAAACACCCACAAAACUCUAUUAUUGUUUUAUUUAAUGCUCUGCCCGGCCUACAUCUUUAUUAAAAAUGGAAGUGGAUGCAAGAAAAUUCAUAGCAAUUUCCAUUUCUUAGAGAUCAGAAGAUGUAUAUAUAAUAUAAAUGCCUCCACAUGAAUUAGAAGCAGCCAAUUAAACGCAGUAGUAAUCGUAAGUUAAGCUUUAAUCUCCAUCCAUCCUUCCUUCCUACCUUCCUUAGCUGUGUUUCCACCACCAUCAUAUAUUCAUAUCAUGGAAUCCACUUCUGAAACUAAUCAACUACUGCUCCUUCCCUCAUCCUCCUCUUCACUUCCGUGCUGUUGGGACUAUGAUGUCUUUUUGAGCUUUAGAGGUGAAGACACACGAAAGUCUUUUACAGAUCACCUCUUUGCUGCGUUGUGCCGAGCAGGAGUUCACACUUUCAGAGAUGCAGAAGAGCUCCGUAAAGGAGAAGACAUCUCCACUGACCUCAUCAAAGCUAUUCAACAAUCAAAGAUUUCUAUUAUUGUGUUCUCCAAAACCUAUGCCUCUUCCCGGUGGUGUCUUGACGAGCUUGUGAAGAUAGUGGAAUGUAAAGAAAAGGCAAAUCAGGUGGUUCUCCCCGUAUUCUAUGAUGUUGAUCCAUCUGAAGUGCGCAAACAAUCCGGUGGGUUUGGUGAAGCCUUAGCUCAACAUCAACAACGAUUUGGGACCAAAAAAAUUAGUCAAUGGAAAACAGCUCUGACCAAGGUUGCAAAUUUUUCUGGUUGGGAUUUACUGAACGAUGCUGAUGGGUAUGAAUCAAAAUUAAUUGACAAAAUUUUAGAAAAGAUUCUACAAGUGGUGGACCGGACAUUUUUUAAUGUUGCAAAAUAUCCCGUUGGAAUUCAUACUCGGGUUAGCGAAAUACUUUCUUUAUUACAAAGUAAAUCAAAUGGUGAUGUUUGUAUGAUAGGGAUUUAUGGCAUGGGUGGGGUAGGUAAAACAACCUUAGCGAAAGCCAUAUUUAACCAAAUUUCUGAAACAUUUGAAGGUAGUUGCUUUCUUGAUGUUAGAUCAGAAUGUUCAAAAGGAGGGAGUGUAGGUUUAAAAUGUUUGCAGAAGCAGCUUCUUUGUAAUACUCUCAAAACAACGAGAUUUGAUGUUAACCAUGUUGAUGAAGGAAUUAGUUUGAUCAAAUUAAGACUUCAAUCAAAAAGGAUUCUCAUUGUUGUUGAUGAUGUAAACCAUGAGAGUCAAAUAGAGGCAUUGGUCGGAGACCGAUAUUGGUUUGGUUCAGGUAGUACAAUUCUCAUUACAACUAGAAAUGUUGAUUUGUUGAAUGGCCUCGGAAAAGAUUGUGAGAAGUACAAUGCUACGGUGUUAAGUUUCAUGGAAUCUUUGGAACUCUUUAGUUGGCAUACUUUUAAGGACCCAAAUCCUUUGGAGGCUUUUGCAGAACUAUCGAAAGUGAUAGUAAGUUAUGCUAGUGGACUUCCUUUGGCACUUACUGUUCUAGGUUCACAUUUUCGGUCAAGAUCAUCAAUUCAACAUUGGAGAGCUGACUUUGAGAAGUUAAGAAAGAUUCCUCAUGAAGAUAUUUUGAAUAUUCUCAAAAUUAGUUAUGAUGCACUUGACGUUGAUACUCAAAGAAUCUUCCUUGAUAUUGCUUGUUUUUUUGAGGGUGGAUAUAUCAGCAUAGAAGAGAUUGUUACAAUAUUGAAUGCUUGUGGUUUCUUUGCUCAAAGUGGAAUUAAAACUUUAAUUGAUAGAUGCUUGUUAAGGGGAAAAGAUUAUUAUAUGCAUGAUUUAGUUCGAGAUAUGGGAAGAGAAAUUGUUCGUCAAGAAUCUCUUAUGCUCUAUGAAAAAAGAAGUAGAUUAUUUUCAUGUGAUGAGGUUUUGGAUGUACUCGUGAACAACAAGGGAAAUGAAGCAAUUGAAACAAUGAUUAUUGAUUUGCCAAAGGAAGUGCAUUUGAGUACUAAAGUAUUCUCUAAAAUGAGCAGGUUAAGAUUACUCAAAAUCUUAUCCAUGAAUGCCAAGGGACCAUUAAAAUACUUAUCCAAGGAGCUUAGAUUGCUUUUUUGGAAUAAUUGUCCAUUGAGACACAUAUCGUCUGAUCUUUGCCUGAAGAAGCUUGUUAUUUUAAAAAUAACAAGUAGCAAUAUUAAGGAAUUUAAACCUAAGUUGCAGGUUUGAAGUUUAUAUGAGAUUUUUUUUUUUUUUUGACAUUACAUCUUUUUAAAAAAGUUAUCAUAAUUUAUUUAGACAAAAUGAUUGGAAAAAACUUACUACAACUUUUUAUAUUUUGAUUUAACAGCAUUUUAGAUGCUUGGAGAUCUUAAGGUUUGAUGGUUGCAAGCAACUUAAAGGAUCCCCAAAUUUUACUGGAGCACAAAAUCUAAAGACAUUGUCCUUCUAUGGAUGCUCAAAAUUGGUUGAAUUGUCGCAAUCUAUUGGAGAUUUAGAAAGACUCGUUGAGUUAAAUAUGAGUUUUUGUGAGAAUCUUAGAGCUCUCCCCAAUAGUAUUUGCAACUUGAAGUCGCUUAAGUGUCUUGAUCUGAAUUAUUGCUCCAAAAUUAAAAAAUUGCCUACUGACUUGGGAAAAUUAGAGCUACUAGGUGUGCUUAAUGCUAGAUUUACUUCAGUGUCACAUGUGCCUUUUUCUUGUAGAUCUUUGAGAUAUCUCUACUAUCUGACACUAGGGCAGUCCAAAGAUAUAUGGGGGUAUGAGUAUAGUAGUGUGGAGCCUAUUUCUUCUUCCGAUGCUAAUUUGUGUUCCUUGGAAACUCUACAGGCUCCUUACCAAUCUAUGCAACAUUUAGAUCUUCAAAUGGGGAGUCUAUCAUUCUUGACAUUUCUAGACCUAAGCAAUAGUUACUUUAGUACCAUUCCCUUUAACCUUUCUCAUCUUUCUCAGCUAAAAGAGUUAGUUUUGGACAACUGUCAGAACCUUCAACUGAUUAAAGAUCUUCCACCUAACCUAGAUGACCUUAUUGCGCGCCAUUGUCCCUUGCUGGAGAAUAUACAAGUUGUAUCAGGGCUACAUUUGUUGUCUGUUUCUAUCUACAAAAGUUUGAUUAUUGAGCCUCGAUGCAGUUUUGAAAAGCUCUGUUGUUUAAAACUGUGGGAUAGUUACUUGGAUACCCUUCCCUUUAACCUUUCUCAUCUUUCUCAACUACGAAAUUUGGUUUUGAACAAGUGUCAGAACCUUCAACUGAUUAAAGAUCUUCCACCUAACCUAGGUCGGCUCGUUGCAUACCGUUGUCCCUUGCUGGAGAAUAUACAAGAUGUAUCAGGGCUAUAUCGGUUGUCUCUUUCUAUCUACAAAAGUUUGAUUAUUGAGCCUCGAUGCAGUUUUGAAAAGCUCUGUCGUUUAGAUCUGUGUGAUAGUUACUUGGAUACCCUGCCCUUUAAACUUUCUCAUCUUUCUCAACUAAGAAGUCUCUGUUUGUAUAACUGCCAGAACCUUCGAGUGAUUCAAGAUCUGCCUUACUCAAGUUUAAUGCAUUUGCGGAUUC